AUGGCGACUCCGGAGACUCGGCACAAGCCAAAUAUUCUGAUCACCGGAUCGCCUGGAACCGGAAAAUCGACAUUGUCUCAGCAGGUCGCCGAGAAAUUGGGUUUUGAGUUCAUUGAGAUCAGCAAAGAAGUGCGGGAGAACAAUCUGCAAGGCGAAUUCGAUGAGCAAUACAGUUGCCACGUGUUGGAUGAGGAUAAGCUGUUGGAUCACAUUUCGGACCGGAUGGAUAGUGAUGAUGGAGGCAUCGUUGUCGACUAUCAUGGAUGCGAUUUGUUCCCGGAGAGAUGGUUCGACGUCGUCGUCGUUCUUCGAUGCGCCACCGAGAAGCUCUACGAUCGUCUCCAAUCACGCGGAUACUCGAAAUUCAAAAUUAAGGAAAACGUGGAAUGCGAGAUCUUCGGAACCCUGCUGGAGGAGGCCAAAGAGUCGUACAAGGAAGAAAUCGUGCAUGAGCUCCAAUCGGAAACCCCAGAUCAAAUGGAAGAGAAUUUGGACAGAAUCUGCGAAUGGGCGGCCGCAUUCAAAAACUCGGGUGGCCAAGGGCCACAGAGCGAUGAGAUGGAUCAGUGA